AUGUCAGCAGUGGAAGUGAUGGUAAAGCAGGUAGAAGUUCAAGGUGUUACAAAGAAGGGACGUGCUGGACUUGGUCUUGCUGAGAGGGAGAGAUUCUGGUCAGAGGCCAGUAGACAGGAACAUGGGGCAGCAUAUGAUGUGGCUGCAUCACCAGCAAAUUUGAAGAGAUGGGGAGUGCAGGAGUCACCAUCCUGCUGGUUGUGUGGUGCUUAUGGAAACCUGCGCCACAUACUCUCAGCCUGUCCAAAGGCGCUACAGAAUGGCUGGUACACCUUCAGACAUAACUUGGUUCCGGAGGUCGUGGCAGCAGCUGCAAGAGAUGCUAGCAUACCCUCGUUGGACCUGCGAAGGGUAGCCUCCCUGAAGCAAGGUGCGACUGUCACAAUGCAGAAGACCCAGUCGGAAAACACAAGGAAGUGGGGAGAGUUGGUUGAUGCUACACUGCCAUUGGAGGUCGUUGCGUCUGGUCUGAGACCAGAACUGUUCUUAGUUGAUAUUGAGAAGCAACAUCUGUUGCUUGGCGAACUGACAAUAGCACGGGAAGAAGGGAUUGAAGAGGCGCAUGAAAGAAAGUUGCUUCGGUAUGAGGAACUGGUUGCUGAAGUCCGUGAGAGAGGAUAUGGCUGCACCCUGGUGCCAUUUGAGGUUGGCUGUAGAGGGUUCCCUACUGCCUCUCUAAAGAGAUUCCUCAAGUGUGGGAUCCAAAAGCCGGACAAGAUAUUCAACCUGCGUUCUUCUCUAGUUACGUGCUUCUAUCUAUCUAUCUAUCUAUCUAUCUAUCUAUCUAUCUAUCUAUCUAUCUAUCUGUGUAACCAUUUUAUUCAUAUCUAUCUAUCUAUCUAUCUAUCUAUCUAUCUAUCUAUCUAUCAUAGUUUAAUAUCUAUCUAUUCAAUUUUUAUCUGUUUGAAAUUCUUAUUAUCUAUCUAUUUAUCUAUCUAUCUAUUCUGUUUCUAUCUAUCUAUCUUAUUCUGUUUCUAUCUAUCUAUCUAUCUAUCUAUCUAUCUUAGUUUAAUAUCUAUCUAUCCAAUUUUUAUCUGUCACAAUUUCAUAUUAUCUAUCUAUCUAUCUAUCUAUCUAUCUCAUUCUGUUUCUAUCUAUCUAUCUAUCUAUCUAUCUAUCUAUCAUAGUUUAAUAUCUAUCUAUUCAAUUAUUAUCUGUCAGAAUUUCAUAUUAUCUAUCUAUCUAUGUUAUUCUGUUUCUAUCUAUCUAUCUAUCUAUCUAUCUAUCUAUUAUAGUUUAAUAUCUAUCUAUCCAAUUUUUAUCUGUCACAAUUUCAUAUUAUCUAUCUAUCUAUCUAUCAUAAAUUUCAUAUUAUCUAUCUAUCUAUCUAUCUAUCUAUCUAUCUAUCUAUCUAUCUAUCUAAGUCUAUUCAUAUCUAUCUCAGACUGUUCAUAUCUAUCUAUCUAUCUAUCUAUCUAUCUAUCUAUCUAUCUAUCUCAAAAUUCUCUGGAGGCGGACAUGAUUCAUACAUGUAUUCACGUGUAUAUACGUUUUUUUUUCACAUUCCCCCCCUUCUUCUUUUCCCUAUUCAACCUGCCCGCUUCACUUGUUACGAGCUUCUUUCUUCUUUUUCUUAUUGUCUUUAACUUUAUACACUAUCUAUCUAUCUAUCUAUCUAUCUAUCUAUCUAUCUACCUCAUUCUGUUAAUAUCUAUCUAUCUCAUUCUGUUCAUAUCUAUCUCAUUCUGA